AUCUAUGAACCUGGAGGAAUAAAUAUUGUCGUGAGAACUGGAAAGAUUGUAAGAAGAACGAGCCGUGAAAUGGUCCAGGUUGAGAAUUCUAAACCUAGUCCAGUGAUAUCUACCGGAGUUGGCUCCGUAAUACCAACCGGUUAAGCAUCGUCAUGGACCGUUUAUCCAGCAAAUUUAAACUCGUCCGAUCACAAUCCAUUGGUGUCGGGAUGGGGGGAGAAGCGAAAGUAGUGAAUCGUCCCGACGGACGGACAGCCCAAAUCGUCCUUUUGGACGAACGUCGACUAGAGUUGACGAUACAGACGAGGUUGUAUGCCGGCGAAUUGCUCGAUAUGGUCGCCACCCAGUCCGGGUUGAAAGAGAAGGAGUAUUUUGGUCUAGCAGUAGUUGAUGAUGCUGGACACUAUACCUGGCUACAGCUAGAUAGGAAAGUGCUUGAUCACGACCUCCCACGCAAACCUCAGAUCCUCACCGUUCAUUUCCUCGUCAAAUUUUUCAUAGAAUCAAUUUCUCACCUGGCGGAUAAUCAAACUGUAGAACUAUUCUACCUCCAGGCCCGUAGUUUAAUCUGGAGAGGUUUACUCGAGGUAGAGAGUGAUGUAGUUUUUCAACUAGCAGCGCUCGGACUCCAGGCUGCACACGGAGACUACCUAGAUGAAGGAACAACGAGAAACCUUCUUAAGAAAAAUACUCUACUCCCGACCUAUGUACUGAAAGAACAACCGUCCAAUGUAUAUUGUGAGGAUCAGGUUAUAGAACACUACAAGAAAACCAACGGACAAACCAGAGGUCAAGCUCUGGUCAACUAUAUGACUAUUGUAGAAUCUAUGCCAACCUACGGUGUUCAUUAUUUUGAAGUAUAUGACAAGAGAUCCUCCCCCUGGUGGAUCGGUCUAUCUUGUAAAGGAAUUGCUCAAUAUAAACAUAAUGAUAGAAAAGUGCCUGUACGAGUGUUUCAGUGGAAACAACUUGAGAAUUUGUAUUUCCGUGACAAGAAGUUUUCUAUUGAGGUUCACGACGCUAAGCGUGUGGUCCAAACCUUGUCUUCCUUUAACCUUUACGAGGAUGCAUUAAAGAUGGAGACCUCCAGUGCCAACGAUGAACUUGUAGAUGCUAUUUCAGACUCAACUACUCAGGUGAGUGUGUCUAGAAGAUCCUUUAACCCUGGUAAUAUUCACGUAUAUGUCUGGUACGCUCAAACCUCCGGACUAACCAAGUGUAUCUGGCAGUCUGCUAUCUCCCAGCACCAGUUCUACCUUGACAGGAAGCAGGCGAGGUUACGAGGUCAGGCCGCACACAGAACUUUAAAAGAGAUCGCCCGAGAUCUAACUCGUAGCUCCGCUAGUCUCAGCUCAGCAUCUAGUACUCUUAGUUUAACAGGAUCCUCUCAUAGUGUUGGGGUAUCCGGUAGUAUUAACAGCCAUGAACAGGAGAGUGAGCUGACCGAAGAUGCGCGCAGAGCACGGAUGGAGAUGGUGGCCGCGCUCAAGGCUAGACGAGAAGCUUUAGAAGAGAAACUACGUGAGAAGAGAGCAGUAUUAAAGGAACUGUGUAUCAAGGAGGGAGAACUGACCGGAGAGCUACCUCCCGAAAUACCUCUUGCUCCCGGAGAACCUCUUCCUGUUAUUCGGAAACGGGUUGGGACGGAGUUUCAGAUAUCGGAGAAACUGCUGAACAAGUCUGGUUCUCCGGAGGAGGAGCAACUAGCCCAGCUCGAACUAGAACUAGAAAUACAAUCAAAGAUUGCCAGUGCUGCCUUAAAACUCGCCAACGACACAAGUGCAAGAAAGAAUGUAAGACGCCAAAGAAAAAUAAGUUACAAUCAAUGCCAAAAAAGAUUAAAGGAACUGGAGUUCAAGGUUGCAAGUAUUCAACAAAAUAAACAAAAGAGACCUAAGCAGCCCAGACCCCUGCACAACAGCCUGGACACUAGAAAUAUUCAUUCCAAAGAGGAGUUAAGACGAGGGAAAUCUGUUCCUGAUCUGGGUCAGGACUCCCAGGAGGAGAGUGAAACGGAGUCGGAGAAAAUUGAAACCAUCGUCUCUCCGCGUUCUUGUCCCAGCUCACCCAGGAAGCAGCCUCUUGGUAUUCCACUUCAUGAUACUAUCAGUAUGAAUCCAGCCCUGAUGAGUCCAAGCAGGGCACAACGGAUUGGUGGCUACAUACCUAGCUCCGUUUAUCUCCGGUCCAGUUAUAGAACCAAACAGUUUCCAACCUUAUCCACUAGACCGCACGGACCUAUGAAAGCCGUGUGGAACCAUGAUCAUGAUCCCCGCUCUCAAACCCUUCCAGGACCUUACAAAAACAGGUUUGACUCUAACUCCGGAUGCGACUCCCCUGUAGGACUUUACAACAUACCCCAGCAAAGAACGAGUCAAGCUUUCUCUUCUCUAGACGACCUGGACGGGUUGGCAGGUAUGGGUCCUCCUCCCACCCGGAGACCGGAGAAUACAGCUCACUAUCCUAGCCUGGAAAGAACCGCACGAAAAAAGCAAAAACCUAUUCAUCUCUCCAGUGCCGCAAUAAUGCAGGCAGCCCUGAGACCUGAAUCUAGGUCCCUGGAGAAUCUGGAGGUUCUGGAGAAUGCUGGAGCCCGAGGUACUGCUAGAACUAGGAGCAGGAUAUCAACUACUCAGGAUACUCUAGCUGCCAGGGAACAAGCUCUAGAUGAUCUAGUUUAUAGAACAAAUCAAACUACUCUGAAAAAUACUGAUGAGUAUCCGUCCUCAGGAUAUGAUGAUGUAGACGGAGGAUAUCCCGCCCUUCCUCUUCCUGCCCGGAGAACAACUCUUCUGCCGGGACAAACCUACCCUGAACCAAUCAGUGCUUGCUCAAAUCUUUUGACUCACUCCCAUACCGUUUCCUCAUUACGGGACGUGUUAUCCCCUCCUCGACUUAUCUCUAGUUAUAACCAUACCUACACUGUUCAUGCCAGGAAGGUUGAAACUACUUUUGGACUAAAUGAGUCCGUUAGGACGCAUCCUGUGAUAUCUAGUGACAGCGACUCCCCGCAGUUACCACAAAGAAUAAAUCAGACUGAUGAAGUGAAACCUCCCUUGUUUCCUAAACAAUAUUAUAAUUCUGUCAAACAUCGACAUCAUGUCAACUCAUUGACGGAAAAAUCUGAAUCUCCCGCAGUUCCUAGAAAACUUAAACCUUCGUCUCAACUCUCCCCAGCUCUAACUCAUGCCAGUUCUUUAUCCUCUCAAUCCCUGCACAUCAAUGAUUCAAAUUCAUCCUUUGAAGCACCGGGAUCUGAUUCUUCCGGUCAUCCAGGAGGCUUUGUUCCUUACCGAGAAACCUCUAAACCAUUUGAAAUGGCCGAUUUUUAUAAAUACUCAACUAAAUUUCGCAAAGCAAGUGCCAGCAGUCUUCGAUCAACUGAGAGUGAGUCUCCUCAUAUUCCUGGUUCGGAAAGUCCUAGAUCCGGAUCCGGAAGUCAGCGUUCUUCCAUAUCAAGGGAAAGUGUUCCUCCCGAUUUACCGAGUAAAUCCCUUCCCGUUGGAUCCGGAACCGUGUCAGCGGUCCCUGCCCUGGCCCGUCUUCCAGGAAAGCAGGGAGGAGAGGACGAGGAGAGUUUAGCGGACGCAUUCUCCACUGAGAUGUUGGCUUGGUAUGAGCAGAAACAUAGUUCUAAACCUAACUCACAAUCUGGAAAACCUGCAACACUGGUCUAACCAACUAACCUGUCUUCCAGUAUAAACGCGCCAACUUUAUAUUUGCAUUUACAGUAUAAACAGUUUCUGUAACUUUAUGAAUUUUCAAGUACAAAUGCUAAAAUUGUCUUAGUAUUAUAUUUUUCAAGAUUCUCUCUCUAUUCUUUAUAAAUAGAAUAUAAACUUUAUCGUGU